AUGCUGUCUUCUAGCAGUGCCUACGGGAGACACUGGCCCAUGUGUAGAGCUUCUGAGUCACGCUGUUCUGAGAUUCCUCUCUCUGGAAACCAGAUGGGCAGCAAAGGACACUACAGAUAUCACUGGCAGAGCCACAAUGUCAAGCACAGUGGAGUGGAUGAUAUGGUCCUUCUUUCCAGAAUCACAGAAGAUUCCAUAGUGGAGAACCUGAAGAAACGAUACAUGGAUGAUUAUAUUUUUACAUAUAUUGGCUCUGUAUUAAUCUCUGUGAAUCCUUUCAAGCAAAUGCCAUAUUUUGGGGAAAAGGAAAUUGAAAUGUACCAAGGAGCAGCACAAUAUGAAAACCCACCACAUAUUUAUGCUCUUGCAGACAGCAUGUACAGAAACAUGAUUAUUGACAGAGAAAAUCAGUGUGUCAUUAUUAGUGGGGAAAGUGGUGCUGGAAAGACUGUGGCUGCUAAAUAUAUCAUGAGUUAUAUCUCCAAAAUUUCAGGAGGUGGCCCUAAAGUACAGCACGUUAAAGAUAUUAUUCUACAAUCCAACCCUUUACUGGAGGCCUUUGGGAAUGCAAAAACUGUACGGAACAACAACUCCAGCAGAUUUGGCAAAUACUUUGAAAUCCAGUUUAGCCCAGGUGGAGAACCAGAUGGAGGGAAAAUCUCCAACUUCCUACUGGAAAAAUCUCGAGUUGUAAUGAGGAACCCUGGAGAGAGGAGUUUCCACAUUUUUUACCAGCUAAUUGAAGGGGCCACCUCAGAACAAAAAAGCAGCCUUGGCAUUACCAGCAUGGACUACUAUUACUAUCUGAGUCUCUCUGGAUCCUACAAAGUUGAUGACAUCAAUGACAAAUCAGAUUUCCAAGAAACACUGCAUGCAAUGAAUGUGAUUGGGAUCUUUGCAGAGGAACAGGCAUUAGUGCUGCAGAUAGUGGCAGGAAUACUUCAUUUGGGAAACAUCAGCUUCAAAGAAGUUGGCAACUAUGCAAGAGUGGAGAGUGAGGAGUUUUUAGCUUUCCCUGCUUUUCUCCUGGGAAUUAACCAGGACCGCCUGAAGGACAAACUGACCAGCAGACAGAUGGACAGCAAGUGGGGAGGCAAAUCUGAGUCCAUUAAUGUAACGCUAAAUGUGGAACAAGCCUGCUACACCAGGGAUGCGCUGGCCAAGGCCCUUCAUUCCCGUGUUUUUGAUUACUUGGUGGAUUCUAUUAAUAAGGCUAUGGAGAAGGACCAUGAAGAAUAUAACAUUGGUGUCCUUGAUAUUUAUGGCUUUGAAAUAUUCCAGAAAAAUGGUUUUGAACAGUUCUGCAUCAACUUUGUAAAUGAAAAACUGCAGCAGAUUUUUAUUGAACUUACACUGAAAGCAGAACAGGAAGAAUAUGUGCAAGAAGGAAUUAGAUGGACACCAAUAGAUUACUUUAACAACAAAAUAGUGUGUGACCUUAUAGAGAACAAAGUGAAUCCCCCAGGCAUUAUGAGCAUUUUAGAUGAUGUGUGUGCCACAAUGCAUGCAGUGGGAGAAGGAGCUGACCAAACACUGCUUCAGAAACUCCAGAUGCAGAUUGGGACUCAUGAACAUUUCAACAGCUGGAACCAGGGAUUUAUCAUUCAUCACUAUGCUGGAAAGGUAUCUUAUGAUAUGGAUGGAUUCUGCGAGAGAAAUCGGGAUGUUCUUUUCAUGGACUUGAUUGAACUCAUGCAGAGCAGUGAUUUGCCUUUUAUAAAGGCUCUAUUUCCUGAAAAUCUUCAAGUGGACAAGAAAGGCCGUCCUACCACUGCGGGCAGUAAAAUCAAAAAACAAGCAAAUGACCUUGUUGGCACUCUGAUGAAGUGUACACCCCAUUACAUCCGCUGCAUCAAACCAAAUGAAACAAAGAAGUCUCGAGACUGGGAGGAGAGCAG